GAGUCAAAAGUGAGAAAGUAUUCAUACUAACUGAGAAAAAAUGGCCCAUCCCAGCCCCGGGCUGAGCUCCUCCUCAACGAACGCACUACCCUCAAGCAGAUUAAGAUUAAAUCAAGGAGAGUUGGUGCGGGUUCUCUAUCUCUCUAUAUAUCUCUCUCUCUCUCUCUCUCUCUCUCUCUCUCUCUCUCUCUCUCUGUCUCUCUCAAAAUCACGUUGUGUGUGAUAUGCAACAGGAUGUCACACAAUCAUUUGUAAAUGUAGAUCAUGUUGAUUUCCUCAGCAGGGCUGAUCGAGGGGUGUGUACUCUUGUCAGGAAGAGAACCCCUCUGGCAUUCCUGGGAACUGAAAUCCAUCAGGGCAUGACCGAGUUUAAAUAGGCGACACACACUCUCUCCCUGCAGAUUCACACUUGCUGGGACGUCUAUCUAAACUACAUCACCAGGAGAAGAGAAUACUCAUACUCUCAACAGCAACUAUGGCGCUUGAGAUAAGCAAAGUCGAGCUCCACGUCAAGGAAAACAAUAAGGAGCACCGCACUGAUGACGUAACCGUAAAACGUUUGAUGGUGCGGCGUGGCCAGAACUUCAAAAUCACUCUCAAGACCAAUCGGCAGUUCCAGCCUGAUACCGACACGCUAAUUUUUACUGCGGAGACAGGACCCAAGCCAUCAGAGGAAAAGGGCACGCGUUGCGUGUUUGGUUACCCAAAGUUGACGGGUGCAAAGAAAGCAUGGACAGCACUGGUACAGGAGAGUGGCCGAUCUUCCAUGACCUUGGCCAUAAGCAGCCCAGCUGAUGCCAGUGUGGGCUCUUACAAUCUGUAUAUGAGGGAAGGGUCACACACCACCCCUCAAUCCAUCACAAACAUGGUGCUCCUCUUUAACCCCUGGUGCACAGAGGACUGGGUGCACCUCCCAGAGGAAGCUGAGAGGCAGGAGUAUGUGAUGGCUGAGGAGGGCAUCAUCUAUAGAGGAUCUGCUGACCGCAUCGGCCCCCUUGCCUGGAACUUUGGACAGUUUGAGGAGGAUAUGGUGGACAUCUGCAUGAAGCUGCUGGACAUGAACCCCAAGUGUCUGAGGGACCCUGCUGAGGAUUUCUCUGCCCGCUGCAACCCCAUCUAUGUAGGGAGGGUGGUCAGUGCUAUGAUCAACGCUAAUGGUGACCGUGGUAUCCUGGCGGGCCGCUGGCAAACACCGUACUCCGGCGGUGUGGCCCCCACCAAGUGGAGCAGCAGCGUGGACAUCCUGCGGCGCUGGUACAAGAGUUAUUACUCCCCCGUGAAGUACGGCCAGUGCUGGGUGUUCGCUGGGGUCAUGUGCACAGUUUUGAGGUGUCUGGGAAUCCCAUGCCGUGUAGUCAGCAAUUUCCAGUCUGCCCACGACACUGAUAAAAGCCUGACCAUCGAUGAGUACUACACAGACCAAGGGGUUCGGCCUAAGGAGAGCCAUGACAGUGUGUGGAACUUCCACGUGUGGGUAGAGGGAUGGAUGAAGCGGCCAGACCUCUCUGGGGAUUCUACAUACGAUGGCUGGCAGGUGCUGGACCCCACCCCACAGGAGCAGAGUUCAGGAGUGUUCUGCUGUGGUCCGUGCCCUGUGAAGGCUGUUCUGGAGGGACACACCGACCUGAAGUACGACAUUCCGUUUGUCUUCGCUGAAGUCAACGCCGAUCAAGUCAUCUGGAUGCUCAUGAGAGACGGCUCAAAGCACAGACUCCACACUGACAGCUCUCAGAUUGGCCAGAAAAUCAGCACUAAAGCUGUAGGCGCAUACAGACGGGAGGACAUCACAGCCAGCUACAAAUACCCAGAGGUUUCUAAGAAGGAGCGUCUGGUGUUUGAGGAAGCCGUGAGGAGAGGAAACGAACACAAGCCCCGCCCUGAGCUGCCACUGAAUCCUCCCGCGCUGAAGCUGGAGAUCACAGACGAGAAGGAGUCAAUUACGGGACAGGAUCUGGAGCUGAGUCUGCUCCUCCAUAGUGAGCACUUACAGGAGCUCAGUGUGCAAAUCAACGCUCAGGCCAUGAGGUACACAGGCGUGCCCGACAGCCUGGUGUACAGGGAGGAGAAGGAUGUCCUGCUGCAGCCCAAGCAGGACCUCAAGAUUUCCAUCCGGAUCCCAUUCUCUUUAUAUGGGACCAAAAUGUGCUGGACAACAGCAGUCUGA